AUGACUGAAAUCGCAAAGUUCGAGCAAUUCGGAAUCAAUACGUUCUACAACGGAAUCCCAACAUUAGAUAAUGCCAGCGACUGGUCUCGGUGGAACCAGAAGGUCAAUGAGUUCAUUCGGAUAUCUGCGGUUGCCGACGAUGGAGUGACUCCACCGAUAGAAGAGGAAGGAGCAUGGCAAUGGGUUCACCGCCAAAAGUUCUAUUCUGCGAUGAUUACGGCAAAGCUGACACACAAUGCGGCGCAAAGAAUUAAUGCCUUUGAGAUAUCUCGAGUGCAAGUACUGCUUAAGGCAGUCCAGGACAACUUCAAACCGGAAGGCUCUGGCACGUAUGUUAGCCUCCAACGACGAUAUAUGGCCCUCACAAGAGAUAAGUGUGGGAGCACCCAAGCGCUAGGGGCAGAGAUCAGGAAGAUUCAUGCUGAAAAACUCCUUCUUGACCCAGAUUGCGUGACCUCUGAAAUUGAGCGAACAUUUUUCUUUGUUCAAGCACUCGGCCCCGAGUACGAGAGCUUCCGUGAUCAUAUCUUCCGACAAAUGGACCUUGUCAACGAAAGAGACGCAAAUGGGAGUAUCAUCAAAGCAGCACCUACAUUUGACUAUAUCGAGAACAAGGCCAUUGAGGAAGAGCAUAGAAAAGGGCAAUCGGGCAAACAAGCAAUGGAGACGCAAGCACUUCCUGCUCUCGCCCUAGUCCGUGGGCCAGGUGAAAAGAAGCUCAUACCGUCGUCGGACGGAAAAGAAAGACGGAGACGGACCGAAGCCAAGACCAGGCAGAAUGCACAUAUGCGCUCGCAGACAGUCGAAGAGACGGACCUUCACGGACGACGAGGACGACGAUGCGAGUGGUCCCAAUGA